GUAUAAAUACAAGCAUCCUUUGUUCAAAGCCUCAUCAGGCAUCUUCUCUUUCACUUAUUCAUCGACUCUCCAAAAGCCCUUUAAACCCUUAUAUUCAUAGCUCAUCCUUUCCCCUCCCUUCACUCUACAUCUUAACAACCCAAAAAAAAAUAAUGGCAGAGCAAUCAGGAAGAAAAGUGGUGGUGUUGUCCAAAGCAACAACAGAACAAUACUCUAACAUCAAGAAUUGUAUGCCAACCACAUUCUCCUCAACAAUUCCCAUAGUGGACCUCUCCAAACCCGAUGCAAAGACCCUCAUAGUGAAGGCUUGCGAGGAGUUUGGAUUCUUCAAAGUCAUCAACCAUGGUGUCCCCAUGGAAGUUAUAUCUGAAUUGGAAUCUGAAGCCUUCAAGUUCUUUUCUUUGCCACUCAAUGAGAAGGAAAUAGUUGGGCCUCCUAAUCCAUUUGGGUAUGGUAACAAGAAAAUUGGACGCAAUGGGGACAUUGGUUGUGUUGAGUACCUUCUACUCAGCACCAGUCAAGAACACAACCUCUCUCUUUAUGGCAAAAACCCUGAGAAAUUCAGGUGUUUGUUGAACAAUUACAUGUCUUCUAUAAGGAAAAUGGCAUGUGAGAUUCUUGAGUUGAUGGCAGAAGGGUUGAAGAUUCAGCAAAAAGAUGUGUUUAGUAAGCUUUUAAUGGAUAAACAGAGUGACUCUGUUUUUAGGGUGAAUCAUUACCCUGCUAACUCUAAAAUUCCUGUGAAUGAUCAAAGCUUGAUUGGGUUUGGAGAACACACCGACCCACAAAUCAUUUCUCUACUUAGGUCAAACAAUACUUCAGGCCUUCAGAUUUGUCUUAAAGAUGGAGAUUGGAUUUCAGUCCCACAUGAUCAGAAAUCUUUCUUCAUCAAUGUUGGUGAUUCUCUCCAGGUUAUGACCAAUGGACGAUUCCAUAGUGUGAAACAUAGGGUUUUGACUAAUGAAUUCAAGUCCAGGCUCUCUAUGAUUUACUUUGGAGGUCCACCUCUUGAUGAGAAAAUAACACCAUUACCGUCUAUCAUGAAAGGGAAAGAAAGUCUAUACAAAGAAUUUACGUGGUCCGAGUACAAGAAUUUUACUUAUGGUACAAAAUUGGCUGAUAAUAGACUUGGACAUUUUGAGAGAAAUUAGCUUCACAAUGUUAUAGGAUUAUGAGUGCUUUUUUGUUUUGUUUUUCACUCCUUUAAAGUUAUUUAUCAUUUAGAAUAAAGUCUCCAUGUACAAGGUCAAUCUCGUGACAAUGUGUGACAUAGACAUCUGUCCAUUAUGACAUUGUAAUGGGAGGAACACCUCUUUAACAAUAAAAAUGCACUCAGGAAAAAA